AUGGGUGAAACUUCAACUUCUGUUGAGAUAAUCCUCAAAUCUAUCAACGACAUUAACUCAGAUUCUUUUGAAACCGAUGGUGAUCGAGUUAACGCACUUCUUGCUGCUUACGCUCUUGUAAGCCGCCUUGAAACACCAUGGGAAACAGUUGCAAGAAUAGUUUUGAAUGAGCCCCUUUUGGCUGCAAGCUUAAAGAUACUUGUGGAUCUUCAGCUAUUCGAACGAUGGCAGGAGAAGGGCGAUAUGGUGGAAAGCUGUGAUAAUCUAGCGGGGAUGGUCAACUGUGAUCCCUCAUUUCUUGGUCGCAUCCUCCGUCAUUUAGCCGCAAAUAAUCUACUGAAGGAGAUAUCAACAAACUUAUACAAACCGACAAAGCUGACCAACACUCUUCUUCUGUCAAAGCAUGGGGAGUGGAUCAACUGGAUGUUUGAUAAUGGACUGCCUGCUGUUGCUAAGAUGCCAGAGUUUCUUCAGAAAACAGACUACAAAAGUCCAACAGAUCCAGAAGAUGGCAUCUUCCAGUACGCCAAAGAAUACAAGGGGGACCUGUUCAAAUACUUUGCCGAUAAUCCCCGCGAUGGUGAAUGUUUCAACCAUUGCAUGGGCGGUGUUAUGGCUCAGCAAGUUAAUUGGUUGAAACUGAUACCUGUUGAGGAAUUCUUGAGUGGAGCCGACCCGGAACUACCACUUGUUGUGGAUAUUGGAGGGAGUUUGGGCCAUGAUCUUGACAAGUUCCGACUUGCAUAUCCAGACACAGCAUCCAAACUGUAUCUUCAAGAUCUACCUGAAGUGAUUGAAAGAUCUACAUGUCCAAAUCCAGUAAAUAAAAUGGCCCAUGAUUUCUUUCAGCCUCAGCCAGUGAAGAGUACGUACCCUUUUAAUCUCAAGAUCCUAUUCUUGUCUAUUGAUGGCUCUCUGAUUCAACUUAGAGAUGCACGGAUCUACUACAUCCAUGCCGUUCUCCAUGACUGGCCCAAUGAGCAUGCUCGCAAAAUCCUAGAGAUGUUGCACGAUGCUCUGAAACCAGGAUACAGCCAUCUUUUGAUCCAUGAUUAUGUUGUGCCUGAUCAAGGUGCACAUCGAAAAAUGACUUCAUAUGACCUGAGCCUAAUGGCAGCAGUUGCAGGGAAAGAAAGGACAAAAAGCGAGUUUUGUGAUCUGCUUUAUUCUGCUGGUUAUCGCCUCGUGCGUGUAUGGAGAUCCUCUCCGGCUUCGCAGGCUAUAAUACAAGCAGAGCUUGCGUAG